AUGCUUUUACGAAGCGGAAAAACAAUUAAAAAUUUUACAUCGAUUAAUUUUAUAAGAGAUCGAUUCAGAUUCAGAUCCGGAUCAAUAAUUUUAAAUCAAUCAUUAUCUUCACAAUUAGUUAAAAGAAAUUAUGCAACAAAUUCUUUAAUUAAUAUUUCAAAUAUAAAUGCUAAUAAAUAUUCAAAAUCAAAAUUUAAUACAAACCAAUUUAUUCAAAAAAUUGUUCUAGCACUUUUUCCUAUUGCAGGAUUUUGCCUUGGUACUUGGCAAAUUCAACGUUUACGUUGGAAAGUUGGAUUAAUAGAAGAAUGUGAAGAAAGACUUUCUAAACCUCCAAUGAUUUUACCAAAAAGAAUAAAAUUAGAAGUUUUAAAUGAUUAUUUCUAUAGACGCGUUAAAACUUUAGGAAAGUUUCUUUAUGAUAAAGAAAUGUUGUUGGGGCCAAGAACUUUUGAUAACAAACAUGGAUACUAUGUUAUUACACCACUAGAACGGGAAAAUGGGACCACAGUGUUAGUAAAACGUGGAUGGAUUUCUAAGGACAAAGUUAAUCCCUCUACGCGGAAAAAUAACCAAUUUGAAGGAAUUGUUAAUGUUGAGGGAGUAUUAAAAAGUGCAGAAAAGAAAAACUGGUUCACACCCAAAAACAACCCGGAUCGAAAUGAAUGGUUAUGGACUGAUGUAGAAACUAUGGCCGAAAGAACAGGGGCGCAGCCAGUAUUGAUUGAACAAAGCUUAGAGGGAUCACCUUAUUUGAUCAAUCAAAUGAUUGAGGAUGGCAUUCCAAUCGGAAAAAUUCCUAACGUUGAUUUACGAAACACACAUUUGCAAUAUGCGAUCACAUGGUACUCAUUGUCAAUUGCAACGAGUGUUAUGUUUUAUAUGCUCAUGAAGAAACCACCAGCCGGACACUUUAAUCGUAAAGUGAUGCAAGGAUAG